GGUAUGUGGUAGUCGUGUACUUAUACACUUUGUCAUCUAUGUGGUACUACGGUUCGCCUAUCCUGCGGAGCCCAGGCGGGGGCUUUAUUAUUUUUCCGGGGGCCGAUUCCGUGACCGCUUGGCUUUAUACUACUUUCCGACGGCUCGAAUCCUUUACCCCCACUAGAACGUAAGAGCUGGUCAUCAGCUAGUUAAUGUCGACGUGGACGCAUUCUGCCUCUUCGAAAUGGGCUGAGGAAGUUGCAAUGGCCUCCAUGCAGAAAAGCAGUCAAAACGCUGAUGAACCCAGCACAACUUCUAUGUCCUUUGAUCUCCCUAUUCCUGUCGUCCAGAAACAGCCUUCUGAUUCUUCUCUACGAAGAAAUUUUACCUUCGUCUCUCGACUAAACUGUGCUUUGUACUCAAAGACUACCAACAUCUUUCGAAGAGUUCAGAAGACUUUGGCGGCUCCCUCGUCCAGUACAGUUGUUCGAGAGAGUUUGGAAGGCAUUCAGCAUGCAUUAGAUAAUAACCGUUAUGCACUGGAAGAAGAUCAAGCUGUAAAGGUGGAAGAAGUUAACGAAGAUGAAGUUGUAGAAGAAGUUGUGGUGGAUAGGGCAUGGAAUGAAGCUUCGACGAAGACUUCCUUGAAGUCAAAAGCUCUCUCGGAAUCCGAUGGCGGUGAAGUCUGCUCUGAAUCUCCGGCCAGUAUUCCAGGGAUUCAGGAUCCUAUGAAACGACCCGCAUUGUUGAUCGUAUUUUGGACACUCUAUUCGCACUGGCAGCAGUUCUUCAAUCCAAGGUUUAAAGAUAUCAACAAAGAGAUACACUACCAAAAGGAAAACUGGGCACAUUCCAAACGUCUUUCACUCUGGGCAUCAGUGUUCUUCAUCGGUAAUUGGAUUUUAGGAGCUGCUUUGAUUCCAACGCCGGCAGUGUUGCUGGACAAGAUAUACUAUUACGGAUUUGCGCCUUGCACUGCCGUCCCCCUCGUACUGCUUUGUGCUUUCAACCUUCCGAGAGAUCACACGAGAUUUUAUCAGUGUUUCCUUUUCAUCUCAACCUGGUCGUGGUCAUACUACCAAGUCCUUUUUGGUUUCCUUUGUGGCUAUUCAGGAAGGAAUGAUCUAUUCACGUGUGGUUCCAAAGACUUCUCCUCAACAUUCUACUACACAACUGCCUUACAAACUGUUGCGCUAUUCGGAUUGGAUCUUAAGAGAUUUCCUGCUCUCCUUGGCGCCAUCAUAUUUAUAGUGCUAUCUGGAUUCCUCAUCAUUCCAGAGAAAGUCAACUGGAUGCGAAACGCCGUCAAUUUUGGCUUCUUUCAAAUAUUUCUCAUGUACAUGCAUUACCAGCGAGAGAUGUCUGCCCGCCAUCUCUUCGCACUGCGGAUCGAGCUCAAAGAACAGUUUGAGAGAACACAAAAGGCACAGAUCAACGAAAGAAAGGCUGCGGAUUCAAAGUAUAGGUUAACCUCCUAUGUCUUCCAUGAGGUCCGAGUUCCUUUAAACACUGCAUUACUUGCUGUACAAAAUAUGUCUGCUUCGGGAACUAUCGUCAAGAGUUUAGAAUUGGAGUUUACAGCAUUGGAGGGAAGUCUGAGCAUGAUGUCCAAAGUACUUAACGAUGUGCUUGAUUUCAACCGGAUGGAUAGUGGAAAAUUCGAAUCUUUGUCGAGGCCGUAUGCUUUCCAUCAUGUCAUGCGCUCCAUGCUUCUUCCUCUCCGUCUAGCUACCGAUGCCCGGAAACUUGAGCUCGUCACGGAUCUCGAUAUGAAUAUUGACGAGGUCGCCCGGCGUGCUGCGUACGAAGCUUUGGGUGAGGAUCGUGAAACCAUAGACAAACACAUGAAGGAGCAGCCUAGUGGGGAAAGUCAUUUUGGCAUCGUUGUCGGAGAUGAGACCCGGUUACGACAAAUAGUCACCAAUCUUGCUAGCAAUGCGUGUAAAUUUACCCCCGCGGGAGGAAAAGUCAUCAUCCGUACGCGGUUGAUUCUUCCCUCCUCACAAAGUCUGCCGCACAACGAAGAGAACGAGCAAAAUUCAAUCCAAGACGAGUCUCUUACAACGCAGAAUGUCGAGAAACAUGAUGAAGAGAACAACCCCGAAAAUAUAUCCAGAAUAGUAGUUCGAAUCGAGGUAAGUGACACCGGAUCAGGUAUUAAGCCUCAGGAUAUGGCUCAAUCGAAGUUGUUUUCUGCCUUCAAUCAAACUGAACAAGGCCGUCAACAAGGUGGCAAGGGAACGGGGCUAGGGCUGGCUCUUGUCCGCCUGAUCGUCAAAUUAAGCGGAGGCCGCUUGGGUGUGCGCUCACGAGUCGAAGAAGGAUCAACAUUUUGGGUAGAAUUACCCUUGGGCAUCGGUGUGAAGGCAAUGCUGAGUGCAGACGAAAACAAUGUUUUCUCCUCCCCCGCCCGUAACCUUUCAUCCAAUACCCUUCGCCAGUUGAUCAAGUCAAAAAGCCGUAGCAACUCCACGCAGUCAAAAACCAGCAUUAUCGAGGCUGUUGAUGCAGCUGCGCAGCGUGCGACGCAGGCCUCGCCAAUGACCUUACGGUCUAAUAAUGCUUUACAUAGAUUAAUGGAUCAAGGCGGUAGUGUCGAACUUAAUCUUGCAAAUCAUGAGUCUCAUACAGCUGUGCCGACUCGAAUGAUUGGUGAUCGUUCUACAGGGACCGAGAUACCUAUGGAAGUUUUGACACGGGAGGAAUCGCGUCGAUCUGAUGCGUCUACACAUCGAAUACAACCUGAAAUGGAUAAUGAAUCUAAUUCCCUUUCUAGUUCAAAGUCUUCCCGACGCGCUUCAGCAAGGCCCACUUACGUUCCUCUUCCAAGUCCAAGAACACUUGCAUUCGAUUCGACCACUUCCACGACUUCAUCUCUACCAACCAUCUCUCCAACACACCUUCCACCUUCUCCUUUGGCGAAUAGAGCAUUCCCACCACCAUCCCCGUCCAACCCGCUCUUUAGUCAUCCAUUGCACGUUCUGGUUGUUGACGACGAUGCACUGACACGGACGCUGAUGAGGCGGAUGCUAGAACGGAUGGGAUGCGAGGUCACCACAGCGGAAAAUGGUGACCUUGCUUUGAGAAUCUUACUUUCCCCAGAUUCGGAUGGCGAAAGUAGCAGUCAGUCAUGUUCGAAUUCCGAACAACCUGUGGCGUCAGAUACGGUGUCUAAAUUUCACAUAAUUUUCUUGGAUAACCAAAUGCCGGUGCUUUCCGGGGUGAAGGCAAUCGCGAAAUUGAGGGACCUUGGGAGGCGGGACUUUGUGGUCGGUGUCACAGGAAAUGCGCUGGUUUCAGAUCAGCGAGAAUACCUAGACGCCGGGGUUGACCAUGUCCUUACAAAACCUGUACUGGAGCGAAGUCUUCGGAAUAUGCUGCAGCUUGCAGACGAUAGACGAAAACUCCCCUGAGAACAACGAAUCUAUAUAUUCUUAUCAUUUACCACAUUUGCAUCUACGCAUUACUGUAGCACUAGUCAUUUGUCAUAACGUAUUUAACAACAUUAUGUAUACGUUCUAAUAAUUACUUGAGAGAAUACUAAUUAUUUCAUCUCUUGAACAACAUAGACGUAUGACUGGAUGGCUCUUUCGACCCAUACCA